AUGAGAAAGCAGAGUGAUAGCCUCUCUGUCCCAUAUUGUGUAGAUGGGUCUUUUGUAGAAGGACCCACAGGAGAGGGCUGGACUCCCAAGGUCACUGCCACCUUUGGAUGCCACCCCAGAUCUCACGACGAUACGCUGUUCAUUAUAGUAACGCAGCAGGUUACCGUGUACCUCUUACUGAUUUUUAAGCUACACUCUGACCUCGAAAAGGCGGAGGCAACAGCCCCGUUUGGGCCAGACCCCGAAGAGGCGGCGGGGCCAGACCCCGAGGAGGCGGUGAGGGAGGAAGCCCCGUCGGGGACAGACCUCGAAGAGGCGGAGGCGACAGCCCCGUCUGGGACAGACCCCGAAGAGGCACUAAGGCAGGCAGUCCCGGCGGGGACAGACCCCGAGGAGGCUGCGGCGACAGCUCCGGCGGGGACAGACGCCGAGGAUGCGGUGUGGGAGGCAGCCCCGGCGGGGGCAGUCCCCGAGGAGGCGGCGGCUCCCGGCGGCGAGUGGGAUGCGGCAGAUCCGAGCCUGAACGGCGUGCGGGGCCGGGUGGAGGACGAGGAGGACGAGACGGGCUCGCCGGCCGCCCUGGAGGAGGAAGAGGAGGAUGGGGAGAAGCAGGAACACGACAUCUCUCUCUUCGUCAAGGCUGGCAGUGAUGGGGAAAGUAUUGGAAAUUGCCCGUUCUCUCAGCGUCUCUUUAUGAUUCUGUGGCUAAAAGGUGUCAUAUUUAAUGUCACAACUGUGGAUUUGAAAAGAAAGCCUGCUGAUCUGCAGAACCUCGCCCCGGGAACAAACCCCCCCUUCAUGACAUUUGACGGCGAAGUGAAAACCGAUGUCAAUAAGAUUGAGGAGUUCUUGGAAGAAAAGCUAGCGCCGCCCCGGUAUCCCAAACUUGCACCAAACCACCCCGAGUCUAACUCUGCAGGAAAUGAUGUGUUUGCAAAAUUCUCGGCGUUCAUAAAGAACCCAAGAAAAGAUGCUAAUGAAAAUUUGGAAAAAUCUUUGCUUAAAGCCCUGAGGAAGCUGGACAACUAUUUAAAUAGCCCCUUGCCCGAUGAAAUUGAUGCUUACAGCACUGAGGAGAUCACCGUUUCCAGCCGCAAGUUCCUGGAUGGAGAUGAGCUCACCUUAGCGGAUUGCAACCUCCUACCAAAGCUCCAUAUAAUCAAGGUUGUUGCAAAAAAAUAUAGAAAUUUUGAUUUUCCACCUGAAAUGACAGGGAUUUCAAGAUACUUGAACAAUGCAUAUGCAAGAGAUGAAUUUACAAACACUUGUCCUGCUGAUCAAGAAAUUGAGUAUGCAUAUUUGGAUGUUGCAAAGAGAAUGAAGUAAACAGAAGAUGCCUCCGCUCUUUAUUACUUGUGAGAUUUAGAUGGACACCAGCCAAGACAGAAAAAACAAAAGCCAGCGUACAUUCUGCAGCGUAAUUUUAAGUUCUGCUAUUGGCCGAUCCUUCUUUUAUAAUGAUUGUAUGGCAUUAUUUGCUCAUUCUUAAAUUAUGUAUGUUUGUGCGUCUGUACAGAUGUCUGCACACAUGAAUGUCUGUUGUGCAUUGCAAGCUAAGGGCAUCGGUCAAUAUUAAAGCAUUUG